AUGUUUGAAGAACAUAUUAAUGAGUUAUCCGAACACGAGAUUGAUGUUUAUCGUUUUAAUUUGGAGCAAGAGCAUAAGGGACACACUGCGAAGUUAGAAAAAUGUUUGGGGACCAAUAAGUACCUUGUUUCUUUGCAUAAUCGAGAUGAACAAAACUUGGACCCGUGCCCCAUCUGUAGAUAUCCGCUGGAGAAGUCGUGGAACAUGAUGCAGUGUGGCCAUGCCUUCUGUCUGGUUUGUAUGGAGACCAUUGUGGGCAGGAAUAUGGUGCGUGCGGAUCAGAAAAUUACUUGUGCUGUCUGCAGACAAGUUCAGCCUUUAUCUGAGAUAAGCUGUGUGGAUCAGUCGCUUUUUAAACCGCAGACAGUUGUGGAGACUGAUGAUAUUGUUGUCAAUGGAAACUGUUCAAGUAAAGUUGGCAGGAUUGUAAGACUCAUCAAGGAAUUGAUGCAAGAGGAAGAGGGUGUGAAGGUGCUGGUAUUUUCAUCGUUUCAACCUGUGCUGAAGAUACUUAAAGAUAUCUUUGAGCAGAAUGAUAUUAAAUCAGUGGUGCUUAUGAGUGGUAAGCAGGUUGUGAAAACUGUGGAGGAUUUUAAAGAUGUGGAUAAAGGCGUUACUGCGAUGAUACUGCCUGUGAAUUUGGGCGCCAAAGGGUUGAAUUUAAUUGAAGCUACGCAUGUGAUUUUCGCGGAGCCGAUUCUUGAUCCUGCUGAGGAGCUGCAGGCGAUUGGAAGGGUGCAUCGUAUUGGUCAGAAAAGGAAAACUGUGGUUCAUAAGUUUAUUAUGAGGGAUAGUAUCGAGGCGAGCAUCCAAAGGGUUACGUCAUCCAAGGAUAAGUCGAAAUGGACUAGAGCAGAAAUUACCGUUCGACAACUCAAGGAUUUGCUGUUUGGUUCGUGGGAAACAGAUGAAGAGUUAUGUGUGAAUGCGGCGGAUGAAGUACAAGAAGACGGAUUGGAGAAUGGGGAUGUGGUUGCGGGUGUUGUUGAGUAGGGUUUUUAAUCUGCACCUUAACUAUAAGAUCAUUUAUCCCAUUUGGUAAUAACUCACGGAUUGUAAGGGUUAUUUGGGAUUUUUUGAAGAACUUACAUUGUCGCGGAGUUGCUCUUCUAUGUGCGCCCUACAGUCACCACGUACUGCGUCUAGAAGUACCCUAAAAUGGCCGAUGAAAAUACCCCCAUUUGUGAUUUUUAGAAAACACGCGGUGGAAACUAGCCUAUAACUCGCGAACUAUAAGGGUGAUUUUUAGUUUCUUUGCAUGAGUUUAUAGCUCAAGAGUUGCUGUUACAUCUGCGCUAUAGAUUCACCCUGUAGUGCGGCUAGAAGUGCCCUAAAAAUGGCAAUUGAAAAUAGCUCUAUUUGUGAUUUUGUAGGAACACGCGGUGGAAAAUUGGUUGUAACUCGCGAACCAUAUGGAUGAUUUUCACUUUUUUAUAUAUUUAGUUUGUAAAAGAGUUGAUAUUUAUUGUAUAAACUUUCUGUAACCAUAAUUUGUGUUUGUAAUAAAUAAUAUUUUUGAUUA